GACGCAGCCCGAGAACUUAGUAAAGAGGAAGCGAGUGGAGAGGCGUAGGGGGAGUUCCGAGUUUGGAUUAUUGGUGUUUUGUUGUAGAGCUAUGCCGAAUAAAACCAAGAAGGAUAAGGAGCCUGCUAAAUUGGGAAAGAGCAGUAAAAGUGGAAAAGAUGGUCAAGAAAAUCAAGACAAUGAGGUAAAUCAAAGUCAAGGAAAUGUACAUGUAUCAAGCAAAAAAGUUAACAGUGCGCCUCCCGCAACACAGAUAAAGAUAAAGUUGCCAACUCCUCAGCCUGUAGUAAAAAAAGAAAAACGUCAGAGUUCCUCUAGCUUUAACAUUAGUAAUAACAGAGAGUUACAGAAACUGCCAGCAUUAAAAGAUGUUCCACCAGCUGAGCAAGAAAAACUUUUCAUUCAGAAGUUACGUCAGUGCUGUGUCCUCUUUGACUUUGUUUCUGAUCCACUGAGUGACUUGAAGUGGAAAGAAGUGAAAAGGGCAGCUUUGAGUGAAAUGGUAGAGUACAUCACACACAAUCGUAGUGUUAUUACAGAACCAAUUUAUCCAGAAGUAGUACAUAUGUUUGCAGUGAACAUGUUCCGAACAUUACCUCCUUCAUCUAAUCCAACAGGAGCUGAAUUUGACCCAGAAGAAGAUGAACCAACGUUAGAGGCUGCCUGGCCUCAUCUGCAGCUUGUGUAUGAAUUUUUCCUAAGGUUUUUAGAAUCUCCAGACUUCCAACCUAAUGUAGCAAAAAAAUAUAUCGAUCAGAAAUUUGUAUUACAGCUUUUAGAACUUUUUGAUAGUGAAGACCCUCGUGAGAGAGAUUUUCUGAAAACUACAUUACAUAGAAUAUAUGGAAAAUUCUUGGGUUUGAGAGCAUACAUAAGAAAACAGAUUAAUAAUAUAUUUUAUAGAUUUAUUUAUGAAACGGAACAUCACAAUGGUAUAGCAGAGUUAUUGGAGAUUUUAGGAAGUAUAAUUAAUGGUUUUGCCUUGCCAUUAAAAGAAGAGCACAAGAUAUUUCUACUGAAAGUAUUGUUACCUUUGCACAAAGUGAAAUCACUCAGUGUAUAUCAUCCUCAGCUGGCAUACUGUGUAGUUCAAUUUCUAGAGAAGGACAGUACACUCACAGAACCGGUGGUGAUGGCAUUACUCAAAUACUGGCCAAAGACUCAUAGUCCAAAAGAAGUGAUGUUUUUAAAUGAACUAGAAGAGAUUUUGGACGUAAUUGAACCAUCAGAAUUUGUAAAGGUUAUGGAGCCUCUGUUCAGACAGCUGGCUAAGUGUGUUUCCAGUCCACACUUUCAGGUGGCUGAACGAGCAUUAUAUUAUUGGAAUAAUGAAUACAUUAUGAGCUUAAUUAGUGAUAAUGCUGCAAAAAUUUUACCUAUUAUGUUCCCAUCUUUGUAUCGCAAUUCAAAGACACACUGGAACAAGACAAUACAUGGCUUAAUAUAUAAUGCUUUGAAACUCUUCAUGGAGAUGAAUCAAAAACUAUUUGAUGACUGCACCCAGCAAUUCAAAGCAGAAAAACAGAAGGAAAAAUUAAAACUUAAAGAACGUGAGGAAGCUUGGAUUAAAAUAGAGAAUCUAGCGAAAUCAAACCCCCAGUAUCACCUGUACCUUGAUAAUAGUUUUCUAAAUAGCCCCAUUGAAAUGGAAACAGAUGGCCCUUUGAUAGAAGAUGUUCAGAUGCUUAAGAAGACAGUGAGGGAAGAAGCUUGUCAGACUCAUUAUACCAGAAGGCCUAGGACAUCUGAAAUUAUGAGCUCAACUACUGGCAAACACAAGGAAUACUUUCCAAAGGAAACAGUCGCAAAAAGAUCUGAAAAAGGAACGGCCUCUCAUGCGUCGGAAAUCAGAGCUGCCUCAGGAUAUCUACACCGUAAAAGCCUUGGAAUCCCAUCGUCGAGCUGAAGAGAUAUUAUCAACCCAUGACGGGCUUUAGGGGUGUUACAGUGGAAUACUACUGUUUGUUAGUAACUGUUCUCUGGACACAGUUCUGCAGCAGAAGCUACUUUAUGUGCCAUACCUAUCCGACAUACACGAGACAUUUUUCAAUCCUGUUCAGUAGGCAAUAAUUUAAUCCAGUAGGCAGUUAAAAUGUGGUAGUUCAAACAAUGGUAAGUUAGUGUUCUUUGUGUGCAGAAUGCUGUGUUCUCUAGUAUUAUGUAACCACUUCAUCCUCUUAACAUUAUCAUAGUACCAGAAGAUAAUUAAUUAUUAUAUUAAUUAUGUUACAGAUUAUAGCUUUUACUUCCUUUUAAGGAAAAAUUAAAUUAUUUGUUUUAAAGUUAGGCUUCAAUGACAGUUGUACUCAAAGUCACUGGUACUGUGGUAAUUGUAAAAUUUUGAUUCCUGUAUGAUCGUUUAAGUUUCUAAAAUUUGUCAUUUAUGUUUUAACUGUUGUCCUUUCUAACACGUAAUCAUUUAGAAAAUACAGUUAUAAAAGUGGUUCUUAACAUAAGUUUUAGGGGAAAAAACUUAAAUAGGUGUUCUCUGCCACUAAGACAAUCUAAAACUAAAACUGACUUGUUAAUUCCACAUAAUGCCAGAAUGCGAAGUGUGAGAUAAUGCAAAAUGUUUUAUAAGUGUCUGCAUUCUUUAAAAUUACGUAUCUAAAGCCAUAGUCUUGUGUUGCCUCUACAGUUAAAGGAAAUUUAAGAGUCCACAAAUUAACUGAUAACUGCGGGUAAGCAUAACUUACACUACUGUUGGCAUGCUACAGAUUAUAUCCAUCAGGAGGCAAUAUUGACACUUAAGUGAACCUAAUGCUGCUAUUGUGUAACAACAUAGUAAAUGUCUCUCUGUGGUCCUCUGUGCAACAUGUUAAAACUGACAUUUCUUGUGGGCAUUAAUAUAGCUGUAUUUUCAGUGUUAAUUGUUGUAUUUAGUUUUCUAUUCAUUUACAGCAGCACUGGUCUUUUGUACUUUCUUUCCAUUGGUUUUCUAAUUGAAGACUGCUGAGUCACUCUUUUAUUUCAGGAUUUAAAGCUUGUUUAUGUGUAUUUUUUUAAAUAAGAGAUUUACAGUGUUUCCUUUAAGUACUGAAUUGUCAAACAUUUACUAUGUCUGUGUACUAGUGUUAAAAGCUGGAGGUACUGGCAGUAUGAAAAAUGUAAUGUUUUUCUGUUUAUAUACCAGGUUCACAUUUUGACAAUCCGUCAUUCAUACAUUUUUUUAAUAACUUAGCAAUGUAAAGAACUGCAAUUGAAAACACACCCCUGCCUUUCUAAACAGCAAAGCCCUUUCAGCUUUGUGUAAAAGCACUUCCUGUUAAACUUGAAAGCUUGUUUUACCAUAGCAUUUGAAUUUCAUAGCAAGUUUGAUGCCUUCCCUUUGACAGAAAAGGGUGCUUAUUAUGAUUGUAUGAAUUGUCAAAUUGUGUUAAUGUGCCAUUGUUUGAACUUCCAUUUGUAACUGUUAAUUUAUGGAUAUUAUUUGCGUGUUUCCACAUGUAGCAGCUUUUUGCUUUGCCCACUUGAAAACUGUUUUAUUGUGGGUGGGUGUGUCUGUGUAUAUGUAUAUAUGUGUGCGUGUGUGUGUGCCACUUAACAUUCUUCCUUGCAAUGUCCGACCACAUUUACGUCCAUUAAAUCCAAGGAGUUAGACCACGGUAUUGCACCAAAACACACAGUUUAUUACAAUUUAGUGUUUUCGUCCCAGUAAUAUGGACUUCCUCAGAAUCUUCUGAUAAAGUCCAUAUUACUGGGGCGAAAGCUCUAAAUUGUAAUAAACUGUUUUGGUGCAGUACCAUGGUCUUAUUCCUUGGAUUUAUUGGUUUUUGGACUAGUGUUGGGUGUUUCAUACAUUUACGUCCAUGCUGUACUAAGUGGAUGUAAAUGUGAUCAGUCAUUGUGAAGACACACAUUAAGCUAAGCACAAAAUAAGAGUACACAGUGUUCGCUUAACUUCCUUGCUGCUUAACAUUCUGUGGGACACAACCUAUCCCAGACGUUAAGCGGUGCAUACCUAUGUAUGUGUACACACACACACACACACACACAAACACACACAAAUACUUGUAUAUUUGUUCUGUGUGUGAAAGUGCAUCUUUUUGUGUAUAUACAUGUGUGCGUGUCUGUGUGUGCACAUGCAUACUCAUGCACAGGUAGACACAUGCUUUUGUGUGUGUGUGUACAUGUAGAUAUGGUCAACUGUGUAACAUUCAAGUUUAACAGGAGCACCAUAUUUUUGCCUAAACAUUAUAUAUUUCUCUUUUAGGAUAAGCAUUCACCAAAGGGCAUCUUAAGUUUCUCUUCACCUUUUUUUAGACAGUGGUAUCUGCUUCAGUAGUUUGUUCCAAAAGUUUCUCUGACUUACCAGAAUAUACUGCUGUUCUUGGGAAGAUAAAGUAGCACCCUUUUUCUGCUCCCCUGAGUUCAGAGUGGUAAAAUUCUGAAUUUCCAGGGGCAUGAAGUAACCUGUAUUCUCACAUUCUGAGAUGAGGCCUUGGCAGUUGCAAAAGUUGCAUAACAUUAAAAAUGCCUCAUGUUAAAAAGUAAUAAUGUAAAUGGCAGCAAAUCCUAAGGUGACUGUUUUCUUUUGUAACACUGUCUCAGAGACCAUAUUUUUUUCUAUCCAAGAAGUACACUUGUACAUCAGGAAUGUCCACUGUAACAUUUUAAGUGUCCUUUUGUGACUUGUACUAAAUUAAAUGGCUCCAUUAUAAUAUUGUACAUAAAUUGUAUUUUGUUUUAUGUAGGGUAAUAGAUAAUAAAAUAGUAGAUUUCAUAUUUUGUACAAAAUGGUCCUAUGUACAGAUUAAAAAGUUCCUAGCAACUGCAAAAGUUGAUAAAGUGGUACAGAUUUUUUUCUGUAAAAAAAUCUGUAUCUUUAUGCUUUAGAGAUAUAUUAAUUUGAAAUGCAUCUAUUUUUGUUCUGCAUUUAAAAUGUUUGUGAGAAAAUCUUCAUACACUUGCAUUUUAAUGUGAGAUUUUAUCCAGUUUAAUAUUUUAAAGUGGUGUAUUAUACAGAUGUAAUAAAGCGAAUGUGAAUUUUAUCUUUACUUUCUGAAUGUGGAGUGAACCAUAUUGUGAACAGGCUGCAUUCUUGAAAGAUGAACUGUAAGAUAAAUUAUUUUCUUUAAUAUAAACUGUUAAAAUUGUA